AUGGCUAUUAUUGAUGGUAAGGCGAUAGCCGCCACAAUUCGUGGUGAGAUUGCCGACGAAAUCUCUAAGUUAAAGAAAAAUGAUCCUAGCUUCAAGGCUAAAAUGACUCUAAUACAAGUGGGUGCUAGACCUGAUUCCAGUACUUACGUUCGUAUGAAGCGGAAGGCUGCAGCAGAAGCUGGCAUAACUGUCAACUUUGUUCAUAUGGAAGAUACUGUUAGUGAAAAUGAAGUGUUGGCGGUUAUUAACGACAAUAACGCCGAUAAGACCGUUCACGGUAUAUUGGUUCAAUUGCCCUUACCUAAGCACAUAAACGAGCACCGUGUGACUUCUGCUGUUUUACCAACAAAGGAUAUUGAUGGUUUUGGCCCUUAUAAUAUUGGCGAGUUGAAUAGCAGGAAUGGAACCCCUUAUUUUCAUCCUUGUACACCUAAAGGUGUAAUAGAAUUGCUCCAGCGGUCAGGUGUGAAGAUUUCCGGGGCCAAUGCUGUGGUUUUGGGUAGAUCUGAUAUUGUCGGGAUACCUGUUUCUGCAUUGCUCAGAUCUUUAGAUGCCACAGUAACUAUGUUGCACUCCAAAUCGCAGAAUAUCCCUCAACAUGUUGCACAUGCGGAUAUUAUAGUUGCGGCUGUAGGUCAGGCCGAGUUUGUUAAGGGCGAUUGGCUACAAAACCCGGAUGCGGUUAUUAUUGAUGUUGGCAUUAAUAGUAUUGAAGACAGUACGAAAAAGUCUGGUUAUAGGUGUGUUGGUGAUGUUGAGUUUUCCAAGGCAUUGGAUAAGGUCAAACUUAUAACGCCUGUUCCCGGAGGAGUGGGCCCUAUGACCGUUGCUAUGUUAAUGCAAAACACUCUUCUAGCUGCCAAGAGGGCUGCGGAAGUGUCCGAACCCUUCACCCCAUUACCUUUGGAUUUGGUUCAGCCAGUUCCAUGUGAUUUUGAAAUCUCCAGAUCGCAGAACCCAAAAGAUAUCACUACUGUUGCUUCAGAGGCCGGUAUUUUGCCCUCUGAACUCGAGCCAUAUGGUAAGGUUAAAGCGAAGGUUCAAUUGGAUGUUCUAAAUAGGUUGAAGGCGCGCGAAAAUGGUAAAUACAUCUUGGUUACUGGUAUAACUCCAACACCAUUAGGAGAAGGUAAGUCCACUACUACUAUUGGCUUAGUGCAAGCACUUGGAGCUCAUUUGAAAAAGGUUGCUUUUGCCAAUGUGCGCCAACCAUCUAUGGGGCCAUCAUUUGGUAUAAAAGGCGGUGCUGCCGGUGGUGGUUAUUCUCAAGUUAUUCCAAUGGAUGAGUUCAAUAUGCAUGUUACAGGUGACAUCCACGCUAUUUCCAUUGCAACAAACCUUUUGGCGGCUGCAAUUGACAGCAGAAUGUUCCACGAAGGUACACAGAAGGAUCAGGCGCUAUAUAAGAGAUUAGUCCCAGCCAAAAAUGGCGUGAGGAAGUUCUUACCAACGAUGUUGAAAAGACUUGCUAAACUAGGAAUUGAUAAGACUGACCCAGACAGCUUAACACCUGAUGAAAUCAGACAAUUCUCAAGAUUAGACAUUGAUCCAUCAUCAAUAACCUGGAAACGUGUUGUUGACUGUAACGACAGGUUUUUGAGAGGUAUUACUGUAGGCCAGGCUCCAACGGAGCGCGGGUUCACCAGAGAAACUGGGUUCGAAAUUUCUGUUGCAUCUGAGUGUAUGGCUAUCCUAGCUUUGUCGAACUCUCUAAGUGAUCUAAGGGAAAGAUUAGGAAAAAUUGUUGUGGCUUCUAACAAAGCAGGCGAACCAGUUACUUGUGAGGAUAUUGGCUGUGCUGGUGCAAUGGCGGCUUUGAUGAAAGAUGCCAUCAAGCCAACUCUAAUGCAAACCCUAGAGGGCACACCAGUUUUCGUUCAUGCUGGUCCAUUUGCUAAUAUUUCCAUUGGUGCUAGUUCAAUUAUUGCUGAUAAAAUAGCAUUAAAACUAGCGGGAGUGGACCCAGAAGCUUCAGAAGAAGAGAAGAAACAACAAGUCGGUUAUGUUGUGACCGAGGCUGGUUUCGACUUCACGAUGGGGGGCGAGAGAUUCUUGAACAUUAAGUGCAGAUCGAGCGGUCUAUCACCAGACGUCAUUGUGAUUGUGGCAACAGUUCGUGCAUUGAAGGUUCAUGGAGGAGGUGCAGAGGUUAAAGCAGGUGCGCCACUUCCUUCUGAGUAUAGUACUGAAAACGUCGAAUUACUGAGAAAGGGCUGUUCAAACCUGGCUAAACAGAUACAAAAUGCUAGAGCUUAUAACGUUCCUGUAGUAGUUGCCAUUAACAAAAUAUCAUCAGACACUGAUCUUGAACAUGAAGUUAUCAAGGAAGAGUCAAUUAAAGCCGGCGCUGUGGAUGCAGUUAUUGCAAACCACUGGGCUGAAGGUGGAAAAGGUGCUGUGGAUCUUGCUAACGCGGUUAUCAAGGCUACGGAAUUGCCAUCUCAGGAUUUCAAAUACUUAUAUGACGACAAAUCUUUGGGCAUCGAAGAGAAGCUUCGUUGCAUUGCCAGGGAGAUGUACGGUGCAGCAGAUAUUAGCCUUUCUGAUGAGGCUAAAAACAAGAUUGAUCUAUAUGCAAAACAAGGUUUCGGAGAUCUACCUGUGUGUAUCGCCAAAACUCAGUAUUCCUUAUCUCAUGACGCCUCAUUGAAAGGUGUCCCAACAGACUAUAUAUUCCCAAUUAGAGAUGUUAAGGCAUCCAUCGGUGCUGGUUAUCUAUAUGCUCUAGCAGCUGAAAUUCAGACUAUUCCUGGUCUACCAACCCAUUGUGGGUUUAUGAACAUCGAGCUUAACGAAGAUGGCGAGAUUGAAGGCAUGUUCUAA